AUGGAAUAUCUGUUAAGAAGGUUAAACAUUCUUAAAAAUGACAAACUAUUCAAAUAUCAUCCCAAAUGCUCCAAGUUAAAUAUCACUCACCUAUUCUUUGCUGAUGAUUUGCUCCUGUUUGGAAAAGCUGACAUCUACUCUGUUGCAAAGCUAUACGGUUGUCUUCAGGAGUUUAGUCAAGUUUUUGGGUUAGAAGUUAACCCAAAUAAGUGCUCUGUGUACUUAAGUGGCAUUGAUGAAAAUUUGAAACAGCAGAUUUGCACUCUUCUGAAUUUUUCUGAGGGGGUAUUACUAGUGAGAUACUUGGGGAUGCCUUUAAUCUCUAAAAGAUUAUCCUCUCUGGAAUGUUCCCCUAUGAUAAAUAAAAUCACUGAUCAGUUCCAAAGCUGGCAGAAGAGGAAAAACCUUUCUUAUGCUGGUAGAUUACAGCUUAUCAAAUCUGUAAUUUUCGGGGUUCAAAUAUUCUGGACAAGCAACUAUAUCCUACCUAUGAAGAUCCUAGAGAAAAUUGACAGAUUAUGUUCUAACUUCCUUUCGAAUCAUAAAAUACAUUUGGUGUCAUGGGAGACAAUCUGCAAAGAUAAAAAACAGGGAGGCAUUGGAGUGUUUUCGGUAAGAAAUUGGAAUCUUGCAGCUGCAACUAAGCUUCAAUGGUUGAUUCAUUUAAAGAAAGACUUGUUGUGGAUAAAAUGGGUUCAUGAAAAUUAUCUGAAACAACAUAAUAUCUGGCAUGUUCAAGUAAGGGUGAGCAAUUCAUGGAUGUGGAAGCAACUUCUAAAGGUGAGGGAUAUUCUCAUUGGCAAAUUUGGGAAUGUUAGUAAUAUGCAAAAUGCAAUCAGUAAAUGCUGUUCUGGGGGCAAAGUCUUUAUAUCCUCUAUUUACAGAGAAAUUGCACAACAUACUCCUGAGGUGAAUUGGUCGGAUACUGUCUGGGAUAGUUGGAACUACCCCCAAACAUUCCUUUGUCCUGUGGCUAGCUAUUCAUGCAAAGCUAUUAACCAAAGACAGGUUAUGUCAUAUGGGGAUACUGGACACAAAUAUAUGUGUCUUGUGUUCAAAUCAGAGCAAUGA